CUUCGUGUGAUAAAGCUGUUGUAUAGUGAUACGUAAACAUUCACUAGUAAUCGUAGCAGUCGCGGCAUUUCCGACUGUUACAUGUCACUCCGUGAUUUCUCCGGAAUUUUUGCACCAAAUUUCGUGGACUGCUUUCCACAAAUUUUAUUCAUAAUUGAGUAGGAUAUAAUUACGUCGCACUUCACGUAUCUUUGAAUCCUUGUAGAAGGAAAGGAAGGGGGAAGAGGAAAAGACGUAUCGAUGAGUACGAACUUCGUAGAGAGUUAAGAAAGCAGGGACCAAGGAGAGAUUCGUCAGAAGACGAGCUCGUAAUGUCUAAAGUGAUAUUACCGGAACAUCCUGAGGAAAUCAGGAUCGGCGGUAUCGAAGGAGGCGCGACAUGUUCUACGCUAUUUAUCAUCGAUGGACAAGGGACGCCAUUAACGGAAAUUAAAGGGCCGAGUACCAAUCACUGGUAUAUAGGAAUGGAAGAAACAACCGCCAGAAUCAAUGCUAUGGUGGAAAGAGGGAAACAGUCGAUAGGGAUGUCCGAGUCCAUUCCUUUAGAUAUAAUCGUUCUUAUCGUUACUGGAAUUAAAUGAAUAACUUUAUUUCAAUAUCUAAUCAGGUUUUUGGAAAUGAUACAAGAGAAAUAUCCAAAUGCUGCUAAGGCCAUUUUCGUCAGUUCAGAUACUAUGGGUAGCCUCAAAACUGCUUUAGAUACUGGUGGAAUUGUUUUAAUUGCCGGUACUGGUAGCAACGGGUUGUUGAUCCAGCCUGAUAGAACAAUUGCAAGGUGCGGCGGAUGGGGACAUUUUAUGGGAGACGAAGGCAGUGCCAUGUGGAUCGCUGUUAGAGCUUGUAAAUACGUGUUCGAUCAUCUCGAUGAUUUGGCACAAUCACCUAAACCCAUAAAUUACGUGUGGCCAGCUAUGAGGCAUUAUUUCAAUGCAACUUGCACGGAUGAUAUGUUGCCACAUUUUUAUAAGAACUUUAAUAAAACCACUUUCGCUAAGUUCACGAAGGAGAUUGUGAUAGGCUGUGAAAAGAAAGAUCCCCUUUGUUUGCAUCUUCUUAAGGAAAAUGGGAGAAUGCUUGCAAAACAUAUCAUAGCUCUUGCGAAGAAGGCCCAUAAUGAACUUAAGUUAGCUCAUGGUGGAUUAAAGGUUGUCUGCGUUGGAUCCGUUUGGAAAUCGUGGGAUUUAAUGAAAAACGCUUUCCUCGAUGAAAUUCACGAGUCUAAAGCUGUGGAUGAAUUAAGUAUGAUCCGUUUGACAGUAUCGGCUGCGUUGGGCGCCUGUUACCUUGCCACUGAACAAAUCAAUUGGGUGUUUACGAAACCCUACGAAAAGAACAUGGAAGUAUUCUAUCGCUACAAACGCGAGAAUUACGUGAAACCGCUAGAAGAUUCGACAGAGUCGAAUGUAGUAUUUGUUCCUUGCAGCGACGUAAAGAAGGAUUAGAGAAAUUAAAGAUACAAAUGGCAAUAACUAUUGUAUUUAAUGCGCGUAUUAUGUACAAUUUUUUGAUGAAAUAUAUUUUAC